AUGGAAACACGAGACGUUAAGUUUAUGUUCAAUUAUGUGUCGAAGGUGGCAAAGUAUUUAAACCUGAGACCGGAGAUUGUGGCAUCCCGAGGGAUUAAAUUUAAUGAAAUACCAUCAAUGGUUGAACAAUUACAAUCCCGAGAGGAAAAUAUUGAAGAUGCUAAACAUUUGAAUUAUUUAAAAGAAAGUUUAUACAUUUAUGAGCUUCCGAUAUUCAAUCAUGAGGAUAUUUUGGCCGGAAAGCACAAAAACAUAACGGAAGAAGGCAAUGACGAAAACGAUGAGGAAGUUCAUCCUAACCAAGAUCAAUCCAACCAAGAGUCGGCACCCGAGGCUUCUAAUGAUAGUGGCUCUGAAGUGCUCAAUCAAAAAGACGAAGAGACAGUGGAAACAUCUGAAGAACCAUCAGAAAAACAAAAAGAUAAAAAAGUUAAAUCGAAAGACAAGAAAAAGAGUUCAACGAAGAACGACAGCAAUGCAACAUCAAAAAAAAAGGAAAAAUCUAAAGGCAUUCAAAAACAAGAGAAAAUGAAGGAGAAGCUUCACAAAAAGAAAUAA